GAUGCAUUGGUACUAGCAAUAUACUACCAGUACACCACCUCUCUCCCUGGUCUUGUUUGGCUAGCUAAGCUAGUGAGAGAUGCCGCCACUGAAUCCAAGAGUGGUUGGGUGUGGGGAGAGGACACUGGUCCUCUCCCAUGGCUAUGGAGGCAGCCAGGCCAUCUGGGACAGGGUGCUGCCUCAUCUCGCCGAGACGAACAAGGUCGUCCUGUUCGACUGGGACUUCUCCGGCGGCGGCGGCGACGGCGAGAAGGCGGCGGCGGAGGAGGAGGAGGAGUACACGUUCGAGGGGUUCGCGGACGAGCUGGUGGCGCUGAUGGAGGAGAUGGGGGUGAGCGGGGCGGUGUACGUGGGGCAUUCCAUGGCCGGCAUGAUCGGCUGCAUUGCCUCCAUCAACCGCCCCGGCCUCUUCACCCACCUCGUGCUCGUCGGCGCCUCCCCGAGGUACAUCAACUCGGAUGACUACGAGGGCGGCUUCGACGAGCCGGAGAUCGACGCGAUGCUGGCCACCAUCUCGUCGGACUUCCUCUCCUGGGCCAAGGGCUUCGUCCCGCUCAUCGUCGGCGCCGCCGCCGACAACCCCUCCGCCGCGGAGACGCUGGCGCGGACCUUCUUCGCCAUGGACCCGCGCGUGGCGGACGCGCUGGCGCGCAUGAUCUUCCUCGGCGACAACCGCGGCGUGCUGGGCCGCGUCGCCGCGCCGUGCACCCUCGUGCACGCCUCCGGCGACCCCGCCGCGCCGCCGUGCGUCGGGCGCUACAUGGAGGGGCGCAUCGGGCGCGCCGCCUUGGUGACCGUCGACUCGGCCGGCCACUUCCCGCAGCUCGUGGCGCCCGACGAGAUGCUCCGGAUACUCGACGCUGUGCUCGCCGAGGAGGAGGAGGCGGCCGCCAAGGGCGGCGGCGUCGCCAUCGUCAUGGAGGAGAGGGGCAGCCUCGCCGCCGUCGGCGAGGUGGAGGUGAAGGGCGACAUCGAUGUGGCCACGUAGAUAGCUAGCCACUUGCCACUUCCAUUGUUCCAUGCUUACCGGCCGGUAACCGGUGCCAGCCGGUCAACGACGGCUAUAAGAUUACUUGAUGUUCGUGUUUGGGUCGUCAUGUACGUGGUUCAUAUUAAAUUCGAUAAAUUAAUCGUUUAUGGAUUUGGAAAAUGUACCUCAUACGUCUCAAAAUAUAAGGGAUUUUGAAGGGACGUGAUAUAUUUUAAUACUACUCCUUCCAUCCCCUAA